AUGAACAACGCUAUCGAGCCAUUGCGUCCAGCUACGCCGGCCGAAAUUGAUCAGCUAGUGAACAUCUACGAACAGCUGCUACCCGAGUCAGUUCAGUUUGUUUCCCUCCUACAAAACAUUGUGCGAAUUAAAGCAGCACUUCAAGGGACGGCGCUAGAGCAAGCCUCGCACCGCUUUCGGAAAACGAUUUACGUCCCGAACAAGACAAAUCCUAUCCAGUUUGCUACAUUUUUGGCCAUUGGCAUGGACAAGACUAUAUUCGUGGCAUUAAACACCCUGGAACAACCGCCCAGUGAGCUCGAGGACGCGAUACGAAAAACCAGCUACAUCAAGUGGCACCACAACCCAAGGAUCGUUGUAGGUGGCGAUAAUGGAAUUCGCGAGAGUUUAUACAAAGUAGUUGGUGAGCGUGGUAUCCUUGACAGCAUCAACCUGAGUUCAGAUUCCAUAAAUUACUGGAUGCAUCGCGAAAAAGGAGCCACCUUUAGCUACGACGUACCUGAUGAUGUCGAACUGAAACCACUGCUCGUAGAGCAUGCGAAAGUUAUCGACGAUUUGUGGCCAUAUAAGUCCAAUGAAUCCUUACGGUACUUCGAAACUGUUAUACAGCAUAAUGGAAGCCUUGGACUAUUCGACAAAAGAGAUGGUCAACUUGUAGCCUGUGUGAUCAAAACUGAUCACGAUGGAAUCGGGCAUCUAUACACUUUGUCUGAACGUAACAACAGAGGCUAUGGAACAACGCUAGCGAAAGCCAUGGCAAAGUUGAUUGCGGCUGAGCACAAACAACACGUCCACACGUUCAUUGAACGCACUAACAACCGUUCGAUAAAGUUGUUUGAAAAACUUGGGUUCGUGCCAGUUAACCAAGCGCAAUGGUUUAAAAUUGGUCAAAAUCAAUAA